AUGGUCAACACUUCAAGAACAAAGACACCACAACAACAGCAACAACAACAACAACAGGUUCAAUCGAACACACUGCCCCCUCUGAGCCCACUCGUGUCCCCUCUUCUAGGGCCGUCCUUGUCGAGCUCGGCCAGCUCAGUGACAAAUUCCCCCCUCUUGGGCACGCCGGCUCUCCAUGCGCGGCCCUCCGUUUACGCAAACCCUCAUCGACGCUCCGCCACGAGCUCGCCGCUCAUUCUUGCGUCGUCCCGGCCGCUGGCGACGGGGAUUCUUGUAGGCGGGACGGCAUCCCCCAUGGGUCCUGUGGGUCCUGCGGGCCCCACGGGCCCCACGGGCGUGCCGGCGAAGCGUCGAAAGAGCGACUCGCAUCGGCUUGCCGAGCAGGGGAGGCGUGCGCGGUUGAACAGUGCGCUCCGGGAGCUCGAGAGUCUGUUGCCUGCGGGGGUGCCAGAGACGGUCGUUGGUGGUGUAGGUGAUGGCAAUAACAAUAGUGCGGGUAAUAACAAUAGCAAUUUCAACAAUUGUAGUAAUACCAGCAUUAGCAACAACAACAGCAGCAACAAUUCCAAGGCUGCUACGGUGGAACGGGCGUGUUUGUACAUCAAGACAUUACAACAGGAACUCGAGACACUACGCAAUGGACAGCGAUGCCGAGAGUGA